AUGACGAAGACCACGAGGCCGCAGAUCCCAAGUAUAAGUGGUAUCAGAGUGCGAAAGGAGGACCAUGCGAACAUGACGCCGCCCCAAGAGACCGGCAUGAGGAACGAGGUAGUGGACGCAAUUAGGAAAUGGCGCCGACCCAGUCAAAGCGCAGAAUCUUGCUUGCAAGACGACCUGGAGGGUGAUGUAGUCGCUCUGAAAGCCGAACCACUUACCGCGCUCACGCAGAGGGACGAGGUCGGUGAUGAGGAUUUCAGUCAGAGAAAUAAUGCCGCCGCCACCGACGCCCUGGAUGCUGCGGCCAACCAAGAGGGAAGUGAAAUUCUGGGCGAGUGCACCGACUAUUGCACCUACCGUGAAGAAAAGGAGGGCGACGAGAAGGAGAGGUUUCCGGCCGAGUAUAUAUGA